AUGCUACUAACUCGCCAUGUCCCCAUUCCUUGCCCACCUUCCCUUGUGCCCCCCCCCUCUUCCCAUCUAAUGGCGCAUCGCAAGGCAGCGGGCAGGCGGCACUCGUACGGCGGGCAGGAGCUCACCGCCAUGCACGCCGCACUCACACACCCGCUCGCCACCGCCCAUGCCAGUGACGCUGGCAGCAGCAGUGACAGCAGCACUGCCGGCAGCGGCACUGGCAGCAGGGGCAGCAGGGCGAGCAGGCGGCGGGGGGGUACGGGCAGCAUGGACGUCCCUGGCCGCCCCGCCACGGCGCUCACCCGCUUCAGCCGCCAUGCCAAACCCCCCCUCGCCACGCCCCCCUCCUCCCUCCCCCCCACUGCCGCUGCCACUCCCCUUGCCACGACCCCCCUUGCAUCACCGUCCGCCACCAGUGCGUUCUCAGCCCGCAGCCUCCCAGCUCAGGCUGAAGCGCCACCAUCCCACGCCACCCCUGCUGCUGUUGCUGCUGCUGCAGUGGGGGUGGCUGCUGGUGAGUUUGGGAAGACUGUGCGUGGGAGUGGCAAGGGGAGGGCGGGUGGGAGUGGCAAGGAAAGAGCGGGUGGGAGUGGCAAGGAGAGGGCGCGAGGCAUGAGGCAGAUUGAGGCAGAGCUACAGCAGAGGAGAGAGGCGGCCGCAGCCAAGGCAGCAGCAGGCACAGCAGCGACAGCAGAAGCAGACAGCGGGGCUAACGGGGCAGUGGAGGAUGAUGGGUGGGAGCAGCAGGUGGGGCAGGUGGCAGUGGUGCACAGGCAGGUGAGGGCCACAUCGCUGGCAGAGCUGUACCGAGCGGCGGGGAGAGGGGGCGACCUGGACGGCGCAAGGAACGUGGCACCGGCUCAUGCCCUCCCACAUGUGCUCGCUGCCACACCCGGCCCGCUGUGCCAGUCCAUGCCCUUGGAGCCGCACCUGGGCUUGCAGCCGCACCUUCCCACGCCCCUGCCUGUGUCGCCUGUCCCUGCUGCCCCUGCUGCCCCUGCUGCCCCUGCUACUUCUCAGUGCAUGGCAGGCACAGGCACAGGGCCAUCCCCAGGCAUCUCGCCCCCUUCCACCCUCUUUUCCACCACCUCUCCCCUCGCCGUCGCUCUGCCUCCCUGCAGUGCCACCGCCCCUUUCCCCCCCGCCUCUGCUCCUUCCCCUCCUGCCUCUGCCUCUGCGGAUUCCCCCCUUUGCCACCCCCCUCACACUGCGUCGUCCCCUCCUGCCGCGCGCCCACCCUCCCAUCGCGACCUGCUGAGGGCGCGCAAGGCAGCACACAGCCGCCGCCCGCACUCGCUGGCGGGGGGGGAGUUUGCCACACUCAGGCUCGCCCACAACCCCACAGGAGGCUCUCCAGAAUCCACCACCGCUCUGCACCGCUCUCCCCUCUCCUCGUCCUCCCGCCUGAUACAUCCCGUUGCUGCUGUCGCCCUGGCCACUCUCCCCCGCCCCUCUACCUCCUCUCCUGCCCCUCCUGCUGACCCUUCUGCUGGUGCAGCGGAUGAGAGUGGGAGGAAGCGGCAGAGCAACAAGGGCAUGAGGCAGGCAGCUGGGGGAGGGGCGGUGGCAGCAGCGGUGCAGCAGUCAGCGGGAGCGGUGGUGGCAGCACAACCUGCCAUGGUGGAUAUUCCACGCGCUGCCACCACGGGCAGCAUUCAUACCACACCUGCCACCGCUGCUGCUGCUGCUUUAAGGACAUGUGGGUCUGACGAUGUGCCCUGCCCGCCCGCUCACGCAGAGCACAUGGCACAGGGAGGGGAGGGGGGCAUGCAGGGGAGGGAGCACGUGGCAGCAGUGCCACCAUCAGCAGGCGCAGCCCCCGCUCUUGCUGCCGGCACUCACAUGUCCCACCCCACUGCACUUGCCCAUGACCCAGCUGUCCCCUCCACCGUCCCUCGCCCUCUGCUGCACCUUGCUCCCACUGCCCUCGCCUCCGCUUCCCCUGCCAUGUCAGCUGGCUCUCCUGUGACGUCAGCAGGGUCGCCUGCCAUGUCAGCAGGAUCCCCUGCCUCCCUGUCCAAUGAGCACGCGCCACGUGGUGCACAGCAGGCAGCAGCGGUGGCGGAGCUGAGGAGCAAGCUGAGGGUGCUGCUGGCACCGCCACUUUCUGUAGCAGAGCAGGCAGGCAUGGGGGCGUGGGGGGUGGGGGAGUGUCACGAUGUGGCCAGGAAGGGAGGUGCAGGCAGUGAGGAGGGCCAAGUGCCAUCAGCUGUGGUGAAUGCACCACCUGCAACAGCUGGUCACUCAGGCUCUCUCCCACCUCACUCCUCUGCCGCACAUCCCACCUCUGCCCUCACUGCCACACACCGGCACCCCCCCUCGCCUCCUCUCCUGCACCGCUCGCUCUCAGACCCACACACACCGCGCCCCCCCACAGCGCCCUUCCCCCUCGUCUCUCCGCCCUCCCCCGGCACCCUCUCAGCGCCGCACUCGCCCGCCCCCCCGCCCUCUGCGCGCGCCCUGGGCUUUGCGUGUGCGCGCCGCCCCUUCAUGCUGCCGCCCGACUGGCACGCGCCCUCCGGUGCUGCUGAGAGUGGUGGGAGGCCGCGCACUGCAGAGGGGGAGAGAGGAGGGAGGGGCAUGCGGGCGUUCACGUCCGUGGGGCACCGGGGGUUGCUGCCAGGCAGCAUGCAUGCAGGGGAGGCGUCAGCAGCAGCAGGGGGCGCGGGCAGCCACUCCGCCCUGACCGCGCGUGAGGUGCUGGCAGCGCUGCGGCGCGUGCCGGGGCCGUACAGCUCGGGGCGGUUUGACGAGGUGGAGGGCGUCGAUGACGCACUGCUGGGCGCCGCCGCCACGCCAAGGGUAGUGGCGGGAGGGGCGCGUGGUGGCGGUGGUGGGCGGCGGAGGAGGAGUGGCGAGUAUGCGAGUGGAGGGGACGGGGAGAGAGAAAAAGGUGGUGGUGCGGAGGAGGCCGGAGGAGAAGAUCGGGAAGGUAGGGAGGACUCAGAGAGCGAUGGCGAUGGGGAGGGCGAGGAGGCGGCACAAAUGCGAAUGGAGUGGAGGCGGGUGAGGAAGGAGCGGCAGCUGGUGGAGCAGGAGAGGGGCGAGGUGCAACGCGUGCAGGGUGAGGUGGCACGCUUCAAGCAGUGGGCGCAGGAGGAGCAGCAGCGGCUGCAGGAGGAGAAGCGAAAGGUGGAGGCGGACAAGCAGCGCCUGGCGCCCUUUGAGGCGCGCCACCGCGCCUGCCAGCACCACAUUGCAGCGCAGGACGCCGCCACGGCCGCCCUGCGAGCACAGGCCAGCGCCGCCGCCACGGCCACAGGGCACGUGGCAGCGCACACGCACUCGCUGCGCUGCCACCUCGCCUCCUCCGCCCACCUCCUCGCCGCCACCAAGCAGCGCCUCGCUCACGACCGCGCCUCCGUGGCUGGCGCUCUGGCUCGGGCUGCCGAGGCUGAGGUGCGGGCGCAGGCCGCGGAGAGGAGGUUCGGGAAGAUGCCGUGGGAGGUGCGGAGUGGGAGUGGCGUGGCGCGGGCAGUGCAUGGUGUGGCGGGCCGGCAUGGGUCGCCCGUGCAGCGCCUGCACACCCCCGCCAUGCGCCUGGCACGCGUGGUGGCCGUGGCAUGGCGGGGCGGUACGGGUGAGGGGGCGGAGGAGGGAGCGGGGGUGGAGAAGGAGGAUUUGUGGGGCGAAGUGGGGGAAAUGGCCGAGGGGCGAGAGGAGGGCGGGCACAGGGGAGGGGAGGAGGGAAAGGGGAAUGCAUGGCAAGGGUGGAGUGCAAGCACGGAAGGGAUGGUGGUGGAAGAGGGACAGCGAAGGGAGCAGCGAGGAGUGGUGGGCAAGGCGCGUGGGUUGAAAGGGGAGCAGGUGGCAGGCGUGGCGAGGGAGGUGAUGCGCGCUCUGCUCCUGGCAGCCCGGGCGGCGAGCGACAACGCAUCUCGGCUGCUCUUCUGGUGGUCCAACACGGCCAUGCUGCGCUCCGCCCUGGCACCCCUGGUGGCGGAGGAGCAGAGGAGGAAAGGGGAGGGGAAGAAGGGUGAGGCGGCCACAGGUGAAGGAGGGGCGGCUGGUGGUGGUGUUGGGAGUGGUGCUGCUGCUGCGAAUGGUGGUGGUGCAUGCUGGCCUGGCACAGGUCAUGACGACCGGGGAGAGCACCCGGAGCACCCAGAGCGGCCUGAGGACCCGUGGGGCAGCUUGGCGCACCUUGAGUCGCAGCUGCUGCAGCUGGAGCAAUGGCAGCACAACAGGUGUCUGCAGCUGGUGUGGACACGUGUCUUCCUGCCAGCCAUGCAGCAGCGCCCCCCUGUGCUGCCGCCUCCCUUCCACCCGCCAUCACACACCCCUCCCUUCACCCCCGCCUGGUCCUCCGCCCUGCUGUGCGCCACCUCUGCCUGCCAGCAGUCGUACCUCUGGCCCUUCUCCGCCCCCACGCCCCCGCCACCCCCACUCAGAGCGGAGGAAGUGCAGGCGCCCUGGUGGGCGGGGCUGAGUGGUACAGAGCGGUGGGUGGCGGUGAUGCACGAGGCGGCUGCCAUGCUGUGCCCUCACAGGGCCAUGGGGCACCACUGCGGCUGCCUCUACCCGCUUUUCAAGCAGGUGCUGCAGCAGUGCCAGCAGCGGCUAGACGCGGCUCUGUUCAACGCGUUGCUGCGCUCCGGUAACGACGUGCUCUCCACCGACCCUGCUGCCGAUCCUCUCACCGAACCUGCCGCCCUGCCGUUCCCCGCCAAUGGCCGCUUCUGGGCCGGCCAAGGGGGGCUACUGAAACACACUACCCAUCCCUCACUGCCAUCCAGACCCAUCCCUCACUGCCAUCCAGACCCAUCCCUCACUGCCAUCCAGACCCAUCGCUCACUGCCAUCCAGACCCAUCCCUCACUGCCAUCCAGACCCAUCCCUCACUGCCAUCCAGACCCAUCCCUCACUGCCAUCCAGACCCAUCCCUCACUGCCAUCCAGACCCAUCCCUCACUGCCAUCCAGACCCAUCCCUCACUGCCAUCCAGACCCAUCCCUCACUGCCAUCCAGACCCAUCCCUGGCUGCCAUCCAGACCCAUCCCUGGCUGCCAUCCAGACCCAUCCCUGGCUGCCAUCCAGACCCAUCCCUGGCUGCCACUGCCCCAGUAUCCUCAUGUACCCUCAAUGUGUUCGCGCCUUUCCGCCAUGCCUCUGUGCCCUCUGUUACCCCCCCACCACCACCACGGCACCCCACGGCACGGCUCCAGGUGUCGGAGUGGAGUGAGUUCCUUGCAGACAUGGACGCACACGUCUCCUCACACUGCCACGCCGCCGCCGCCGCUGCUGCUGCCACGCAGCAUGCCGCCACCGCUGCGCACGCUUACCCCCCAUCGCCCAUCCUUCCCCCGCCCACCGUCCCGCUCUCCUUGCUCUCCUCCGCUCGCUUCUGGGCGGGCCAGCUGGAGCUCUUUGAUUGGCCAGAGGGCGCAGAGGGGCAGGGCGGGGCAGAAAAGCCGGGAUGCGGAAAUGGACUGGUGGGGCAGGGAGAGGGGUGGAGAGCGGUGACAGGCGGUGACGCCAUGGGAGAUGCAGUGGCGCGCAGCAUUGCUGGGUGUGAAGGGGGCACGGGUCAGAGAGGGUAUGACCCCGCGGCGCUGCUGCUGCUGGGAGGGCGCGAGGGGGAGGGGGAGGAGGGGAGAGGUUUGGUGCAGCAGCUGAUCGGUGGGCGGGCGGAGUGCUUCCCGCUGCUGCGCGCGCUGGCCCACGUGCUGCUGCUGCCCAAGAAGGCUCUCUGCGACCGCCCUGUGCGCCGCCAGGUGUACGCCACCAUCCCAGCGCCGCUGCUGCAGCGUGUGGUGAGCAUGUGUGUGGAGCAGCCGUCCCACCCCGACCCCAUCCCACCCGUGCUGCUCGACAUGCUGCAUGCCGAGGCCAACACCUCUGCCCACGCCAUCCACUUCCUGCCAGUCUUCGACCCUACCCCCCUGCCCCCCACGCCCUACCGCCCGCCGCCCACCUCCGCCCUGCACGCGCUGCUGGGGGCGGCUGCACCAGGCGCGGUGGGCGUGCAGCAGGGGGGGCUGGAGGGCGGGAAGGGGGCACGGCACGGCGAUUUGCCGAUGGAGUGA